AGCAUUUACUUAAUUAAUUUGGAGGAAAAAAGAAAAGAAAAGAAAAGAAAAUAGUGUGAUAUUUCUGGGAAGCUUCGCGGGUGUGAGUUCGUUCCCACUUGCAGCAGGCCAUUUCAUUUCAUUUCAUUGAAUUCAAAUCAACGCCAAAUAUGAAUGAAUUCAUAGAAAAAAAAAAGAGAUUAAGAAGUUGUUAGUAAUAUUGUGGUGUGGGGUCCAGCUGUAUUGUGUUACAGUCAAACUGGGUUUGAGUUGAGUUGAGUUGAUCUGAUCUGAUCUGUGAGAUGGCGGAGCAUAAGAUGGAGACUGAUUUCGAUGAGGAAACUCCUCUCAGUUCUUCUUCUUCUACUACUACUGCAUCUAAACCUCAUACUUUUCAUUUCGAUUCAUCACUUCCUUUACCCAAAUCAUCUUCUUCUUCUUCGACUAGACGAAUCAGUAGGAGUAUUUAUACUGUUUUAAUCAAAGCUAAGAUCAACAUCUUGUUACCUUUUGGCCCCUUGGCUAUCUUCCUGCAUUAUUUCACUGCUAAACAUGUUUGGGUUUUCUUCUUCGCUUUAUUGGGGAUUGCUCCAUUGGCUGAACGUCUAGGUUAUGCUACCGAACAACUUGCCUUCUACACCGGAUCAACAGUUGGGGGUUUGCUCAAUGCUACAUUUGGAAAUGCAACUGAAAUGAUUAUAUCAAUUUACGCCUUGAAAAGCGAUAUGAUUAGGGUUGUUCAGCAAUCUUUACUUGGUUCCAUCUUGUCUAAUAUGCUUCUAGUUCUUGGAUGUGCAUUCUUUACCGGUGGGAUUGUUCACUACCAAAAACUUCAGGUUUUCAAUAAGGCAGCUGCUGUUGUCAAUUCCGGCUUACUGCUCAUGGCUGUAAUGGGAAUACUGUUUCCUGCUGUGCUUCAUUUUACUCACUCAGAAGUUCAUCUUGGGAAGUCAGUCUUAUCCUUAUCCAGAUUUAGCAGUUGCAUAAUGCUACUGGCGUAUGCAAGCUACCUUUUCUUUCAACUUAGAAGUCAACACAAUUUUUAUACUCCAGUUGACCAGGAAGUAGAUACAAGCGAAAACACUGACGAGGAGGAAGAACUUGAGUUAACUAAGUGGGAAGCGAUAAUCUGGCUCGCUAUUUUGACAGUAUGGGUAUCGGUAUUGUCUGGAUACCUUGUGGAUGCCAUAGAGGGAGCAUCUGAAUCGUUGAAUAUGUCAGUGGCUUUUAUUAGCGUCAUCUUGCUUCCAAUAGUAGGAAAUGCUGCAGAGCAUGCAAGUGCUAUCAUGUUUGCCGUAAAGGACAAGCUAGAUAUCACAAUUGGAGUUGCUGUUGGAUCAUCAACCCAGAUAUCAAUGUUUGUGAUCCCUUUCUGUGUGGUUGUUGGGUGGUGCAUGGGAAAAGAAAUGGACUUGAAUUUUCAACUCUUUGAGACUGCAACACUUUUUAUCACAGUGCUGGUAGUUGCAUUUAUGAUGCAGGAAGGGACCUCGAACUAUUUUAAAGGCUUGAUGCUUAUUCUAUGCUAUCUUAUAGUUGCUGCCAGUUUUUUUGUACAUGUUGACCCUAAAAGUGAUGAUGACUAAAUAUAGUUAGUGUUCGUCCCCGGCAGUGGCAGCUGUCCAUGUUGCCUAUACUGGAAAAGGUAGUAAGCAGUGUGUUUGAAAGAUUUCCCAAAAAAGUCUUCAUCCUGCUUUCAAAACCAUCAAGUGAUCAGCGUUGUACUAUAUCGAAUUUUGAAUGGAUGAUUUAAUUUGUAUUAUUUUGAUCUCCAUAGCUUUCAUUCAUUAUAUCAUAAAUUUUAUCUUACAUCCUUUUCUGUUCUUA